AUGAGAAGCUUGUCCUUGGACGGGAUCCAAGGCGUGCGUCUGGGCUCCUGCUGGAGGCAGACCGGUUGCAAGAGACAUCUGUCAUCAGCCGGGUCCAUGCAGAAAUCAAACCAGGCGACCAACCUGGUGAGGCCACGGUGCGCGACCUGGGCAGCACAAACGGCUCGUGGAUUGUUGGACGUGGGCGAAUUUGCCCACAAAACGUCGAGAUGGAGGUUCUGCAGUGCGGUGAUGAGCUUUCUCUGGGCGUUGAUCCUUCCACUUGGCAAGAAGGCAACGUGA